UGUAGUUGAAUUUGAACGGAAAAACACAACGGUGUUAUCGAUAUUAUCAGUGCAGUGUUUCGUUCCGUUCGCGCCUAAUCCAACCUCUGUCCUAAAACCAUCCCUCUGCAUUAGACCAUUUCCAUUUGAAAUCCUAAUACCCACCCAGAAUUUUUUAACCUUUUCCCCUUGGUUUCUUUCAAACAUCAUAUGGAAUUCUCUUCUGUGACUCUCCAGGCCUCGUGCUCUUUCCCGGUUAGAACCCCUACUCUCGCUGCUACAGCCAUUAGAAACUCAGCUCGAAUUCCCUUUUGCUGUUCCUCUUCUCGACUUGAAGCUUUGGCAAAGCUUGGGAACACGUACUCGACGCAAAGGAAGAAUUCGAGCUCAAGGAAUAGUAAGCAUUACAGGACCACCACGGAUUCAACGUCUCACCAUCGGAACCCAAGCGAUAUCUCCAGCUGCCAAGAAGUCCCAGAUGCCGAUUUUUGUGAUGGCAAGUCUGUGAGCCAGUGGCUCGUUCCUGACCGGCUCGCGCUUUCGCUUCGGUCGAGUCGUAGUUUGAAUGAGGUCAGAAGUAUACAUGCGGUGGUUGUGAAAUGUUUUCGGGAGUCUGUUACCUACAUGGGUAAUAAUUUGAUAAGUACUUAUCUGGGGUUUGGGAAGAUUGUUGAGGCUCGUAAGGUGUUUGAUAAAUUGCCGAACAGGAAUGUGGUUACUUGGACUGCUCUCAUUAAGGGGUAUUUAGACGCUGGUUUGAAUGAUGAGGCUUUGAGGUUGUUUAAUGAUUCUAUUGAAAAUGGGAUCCGAGCAAAUGAAAAGAUGUUUGUGUGUGUUUUGAAUUUGUGCAGUAGGAGGUCGGAUUUUGAGCUUGGGAGUCAAUUUCAUGCCUGUAUCGUGAAAGGUGGUUCGAGGAACUUGAUUUUGGAUAGUUCCAUUGUUCAUUUCUAUGCACAAUGUAGGAAACUGCAAAGUGCAUUUCGUGCAUUUGAUCAGAUGCAAGAGCAGGAUGUGGUUUGUUGGACAACUAUGAUUACGGCUUGUGCACAACAAGGACAUGGACAGGAGGCCUUUUCACUUUUCUCACGAAUGUUAAGUAAUGGAUCUUCCCCUAAUGAGUUUACAGUAUGUGGUGUUCUGAAGGCUUGUGGAGAGGAAAAGGCAUUAAAAUUUGGGAGACAGUUACACGGUACCACAGUGAAGAAAAUGUUUAGGAAUGAUGUUUUUGUAGGGACUUCCCUCGUUGAUAUGUAUGCAAAAUGUGGGGAGAUGCUAGAUUCUAAAAAGGUCUUUAAUCGAAUGAGGUAUAGAAACAUGGUUACUUGGACAUCAUUUAUAGCUGGAUAUGCCCGAAAGGGACUUGGUGAGGAGGCCAUAAGACUCUUUAGAGUGAUGAAGAGACGAAAUAUAAAUGCUAACAACUGGACAAUUGUUAGCGUCCUCAGGGCUUGUGGCUCAAUUGAGGCUACACUAUUGGGAAGGGAACUUCAUGCACAAAUAAUCAAGAAAUCCAUCAGUACCAAUAUAUACAUAGCAAGCACUCUAGUAUGGUUUUACUGUAAAUGUGCAGAGUAUAAUCAUGCCUUCAAGGUCCUCCAGCAGAUGCCCCGUAGAGAUGUUGUAUCAUGGACUGCCAUUAUUUCAGGUGGUGCACGACUUGGGCAUGAGUCUGAGGCUCUUGAGUUCUUGGGAGAAAUGAUGGAGGAAGGUGUUGAGCCUAACUCUUUUACUUAUUCAUCAGCUUUAAAAGCGUGUGCUACUUUGGAAACCGUCCGUCUAGGGAAAUUGAUUCAUUCUUGUGCAAACAAGACCCCUUCCUUAUCUAACGUGUUUGUGGGUAGUGCAUUAAUCAAUAUGUAUGCAAAAUGCGGAUAUUUGUCGGAGGCAUCCCAAGUUUUUGACAGCAUGCCUGAUCGAAAUUUGGUUUCUUGGAAGGCUAUGAUUAUGGGUUAUGCAAAGAAUGGGCUCUGCCAAGAGGCUUUGAAGCUCAUGUAUCGGAUGAAAGCGGAGGGUAUUGUGGUGGAUGAUUACGUCAUUGUAACAGUCCUCACUGCGUGUGGAGAUCUCAAGUGGGAUAUGGAGGCUUCAUCCGAAUAUUGCUUGCUGUCUACUUAAUCUUUUGCCCGUAUGGAUUCCAAUGUUUGAUCUAUGUACUGCAGGCAUCAGGCAUAUAUAUCAACUAAGAUACUGCGGGCGGAUUUAUACUGAGCAGCAGAUACAUCAUAAAUUGGUCUGCGGGCGGAUUUAUAGUGAGCAGCAGAUACAUCAUAAAUUGGUCUGCGGGAUGAGUGGUAAAAGAUAAACAGUGAAUCAAUUUUAUCACAAGAAGUACUGGGGAUGAGGGACCAUCCCCGACUCCCUAUCUGCACCCUGUCAUCGCUCAUGUACAUGUUGAUAUAAACUAGGAAAGGUCAAAAGAAAAAGGGUGCAGAGAGUUCCAAUUCACUUCAUAAAUCCAACUCUCCCUGCGGCAUUUCUCGAGAACGAUGUAAUGUUACUCCUCCAUGAUUGUUGAGCAUCAUAGCUCGCAUCAGUAAGAGGGCAUUACGGUAGACAUGUUCAGGUACUAAUUAUGAAUAUGCAAAUGCACGCUCAUUUUUACAAGUGAACUGUAAAAAAGGUGCUUUAUGUAUGUAGAUCUUCCGAACUUCGUACCUCAUUAAUUAUUAUUAAUUUUUAUGUGUUUUUAGAGAAA